GGUGAAUCAAAACGGUCGGCAACGUUUCUCCCGAAGCGGCGGCAAUAACGCUCCAGUGCCGCCUUGGCCCCCAUACUGGGAGCGGACACUAUUGGGGCACUGGGCCGCUGUGAUUGGAGCGCGACGUGGCACAGGGCUGCUUAGCAAAAAAUCUUGGAGACCUGUGAUCCCGGCUGCUUCCUUGCCGCGACGUUCGUCAUGGAGAUCAGAGCAAUGGAGGGGCAGCGCGAAGGCUUCGGCCCGGUGUUGAGGUGAAGCUUCUCCACUUGGCCCCUCCGUGAUGAGCGCGUGUCGUGUUGUGUCGCGGAUGCGGGGAGGUAGAGUCGGGGUAUUAAAAGGCUCAGGGGCGGCUAGUUGGGGAUCUCCUCCCGCCCUCUCUUGCCUUGUUGUUCUUUCCCUGUCCCGUCCUCCCGUGUUUCUGCUCUGAACCUCGGCAGUGCCUGUUGCAGCUCAAAUACCACAUCCACCUCAAGAAACGCUACCAGAAAACCGCAACCAUGGUCUCCACGAAGACUGUGAAGCUCAACUCGGGCUAUGACAUGCCCCUCGUCGGCUUCGGCAUCUGGAAGGUGCCCGUCGAGAACACGGCCCAGGCCGUCUACGACGCCAUCAAGCUCGGCUACCGCCAGAUCGAUGGCGCAUACGACUACACCAACAGCAAGCAGGCGGGCGAGGGCGUGCAGCGGGCGAUCAAGGACGGUCUGGUCAAGCGCGAGGAGCUCUUCAUCACGUCCAAGCUGUGGAACAACUACCACAAGUACGAGCACGCCAUCGAGAUGGCCAAGUACGAGGUGGACACCUGGGGCGUCGGCUACCUGGACCUGUUCCUGAUCCACUUCCCCAUCUCGCUGCAGUACAUCCCGCAAUCGGAGCUGAUGUACCCGUGCUUCUGGCCCGACAAGGAGCGCACGCGGUCGACGCCCCUGCAGUACACGCCCGCGUCCGAGACGUGGUCGGCGCUUGAGAGCCUGGUCAAGACGGACGCGAACCCGUCGGGCAUCCUGCGUUCCAUCGGCGUCGCCAACUUCUCCUCACAGCUCGUCUACGACCUCUGGGGCCACGCCAAGAUCAAGCCGGCCGUCAACCAAAUCGAGCACCACCCCUACCUGGUGCAGCCCAGCCUGGUCGCCAUGCUGCAGGACCACGGCAUCGUCGUGACGGCCUACAGCUCCUUCGGCCCCCAGAGCUUCAUCGAGCUCGGCAACCCCAAGUGCAAGAAGGUCGAGGCCCUCUUCACGCACCCGACCGUCGCCAAGAUCGCCGAGAAGCACAAGCGCACGCCCGCCCAGGUGCUGCUCCGCUGGGCCACCCAGCGCAACAUCGUCGUCAUUCCCAAGAGCAACAGCGUCGAGCGCCUGGCCCAGAACCUGGACUGCGUCAACUUCGACCUGGCCGACGAAGACAUCCAGGCCAUCUCGGCUCUCGACGCUGGCGUGCGCUUCAACGACCCAGCCGACUUCACCCCUCCUAUCCGCAUCUUCGACUAAACGAUGAGGGGUAAGGGAUACGAAGAUGUGCGAGUGGAAAAUGGAAGGGGAAAUGCCAGUAAAACAGCUGUUUCACAGCGAACAAAUUAAACAAAAAUUUACUUACCA